AUGACUCUAAACCUUUCAAUGUCGGACGAUACACAUAAGAGCCCCCCAAAAUCCGAUGUUAAGGCUCCAAUCCCAAUCAGCGGACACGGAGCCAGCAUUCCUCGGGUAUCUUCACAAUAUUCAUUAAGAUCCCAGGAUGAAGAAGAGCCACCCAGGUCCUUCACUCCGGGAAUUGCCCAGACCCUGCAUCGUUCGAAACAAAAUCAAUUCAGGAGAAGACCUUCUUACAAUACCAUAGAAGGAAACCGUGAACGCCACUAUAACCUAGACUACCCUGAAGACAAAGCGGAACUCCAAAAACUUCAAUUGGAUCCUAAUUCCAGAUUCUUCGCACGUACUAGACCAAGAACAUUGGAUUUGCCAAGUAUGCUUCCCUACAAGAUCGAAAGUCCCAAAGAUCAAGCCAAGUUCUUAAGCCAUAUAGUUUCCCAUCUCUAUAUUGCCAUAAAGACCUUGGAUUUACAAGGGUCUUUGUCAGUUAGUGCAAAUGAAUUGGCAGCAUUAAAGGACUUGAGUAACGGAUCCGAUGUCGAUUUGGCAUUGGAAACCAAUCUUUUCGAAAUGAACUCUGCCAGUGAGACCAAUUUCGACGAGGAUGGUAACUACUUUUCCAACGACGAAUCUGACAGUGAUGAAGAUGAAGACGAAGAAGACGACGAAUUGGGAGCGGAUGGAGGUAUGGAAGAUGACGGUGAGACUACAAACCAACACAAGAAAUCUCCUAAAUCGGCGGCAAUCAUUGGUGUAAAAACUUGGACUCAUGAAUUAUUGGUGUGGUUAAAAAUGAAGUAUGACAUGCCUGUAUCAUUAAAGGUAUCCUUAGCAAAGGUUUACUAUUCGUUAGCAUUAUCAAGAGGUCAACAUUUGAAUUUAAAAACUUACGUUAAAACUUUCGAUCUGUUGACUAAAGAAUCACAUUUACUCAGAGAACAUGGAUUAUCAUUACCUUGGGAAGCGCUUCACAAUGAACUCAUUAGUCAUUUCCCUUCAAUAGACUCAACCUUGGAUCCUAUUGAAAAGAAGGAUCACAAGCAGCUCUUGAGCUUAGCCUCCAAAGCCAGCGUUUUUUUUGAUGAUGAUUCUUUACCUUUGGUUUACGCCAAGUUGGGGAGUAGGUUUUCCAUCGCCAAUGCCUCUUUGGUAUUGUCCUCGAUGUCAUUGUUGCCACUUAGGUUCACUAAGGGAGGAAUGGAAGACCCGAAAGAUAUCCGUCAUUAUCUCGCUUCAUUCUUCUACAUGUGGAAGAAGCUCAGCAAGAGCUCAGGAUUCGACUCACAGAUUACUUCUCGCCUUGGUCUUGUCGCCAUGUCUGCCUUAUUUAAAAUCAAUGAUGUCCCCGAUAGCAUUUCUUAUAUUAAGAUAGGAGACUAUGGCAUAUUCUCCAAGGAUCAAAUGAAGUUCAUGAUCAACACAUUGACCAACAGUCUUAGUAUUAUGAUUGAAAAAUACUCUUCCAUGAAAACCAAAUUUUUCCAUGGUUUUGCAUCAACUAUUGUUUAUUCAAUUAACGGGGGCAGUCCUAAGACUGACGGAAUUAUCGAGAAUUUAAGAACGUUACUCAAUGCCAUACAAAGUUAUGUACAUCCUUCAAAUAAUGGUGAGUGGUCGCGUCCUAUUUCUAAGUUGGUAUUGAGUUUGAUUUAUCAAUUUCACAAGAGAUAUUGUUCCGAAAAUGAGAUUGGCGGAACACUUAAUCACUUACCAAAUUCCAUUAAGUUGAGCCGUGACAUAACAGAUGAGUUCGUGUCAAUGUUUUUGCCGAUUGUCAAAAUCGGUAUUCAGUCAAAAAAAGCAUCAUCGACAGAGGACCAUUUGACUAGUUUACAGCUUUUGGCUUAUUUGAAUCCUACAAUGGUAUUAGAAAACAUGUUAUUGGAUAUUUAUGAAUCUUUGGAGGGGGUCAUCUCCACUCAUAGAGUUAUUAUUGCGUUGAGAUCUAUUGAACCAUUAGCCAGGUUUUUCGCAUCUACUCCUAUUUAUAGAGUCCACUUGAUCAGACUCUUGCUGUUGUCAUUACCAGGUAUCGAUUCCAAUGACUUAGAGAAAACUUUGCAUACAUUGGAUGCUUUCUCAUCAGUUGCAAACUUCGUCCCCUUUUGUGAUUUAUCGGAUGGUGAAGAUGAUCCAUCCUUUUCUCUUCAGUUCACUCAAUCUCAUUUGCAGUAUCUUGAAAGAAAACUUUAUCUGAGUCAAUCAGCUGAUGCAAUUGAUGACCUAAACUUCGAUGUUGAUGAAGAAACUGAGCUUAGGGCGUUGAAAUCUUCCACAUCUGCCUUUAAAUCAUUGAUCAAAUCAUUAAACCAAAGACUCUUCCUAUUAUUCGAAAACUUGCCAGAUCCUUCUAAGACCGAAGGAAUUGAGAGGGACUUGGUGUCUUCCAUCCCCAAAUAUAUUUAUGUGCUUUUGGAGUCUUUUUCGGACGAUGUUUAUAAGUCAUUCCAAAAGGAGUUUUUCGAUUUUGUCUUCAACAACACUUACCAUACUAUUGCAGACGUAACUGCAGAAAUAUGUGGUGGUAUAAUCAAGCGUGAUCCAAAAUCCUUUAGAAUUUAUGGUCCACAGAUGAUAGAUAGAAUUAGGGAAGAGAUUGAAGAAAAUGGCGCUGGCCAAUCAAGAACUGGUGUUGAUAUUUUACCCCGUGAUCAAAACUUGUUCUGGAAUCUUGUUAUAUUAAACGAAUGCAUUGGCAACGCUGGAAGUGAGGUAUUAAGAUUGGCUGAUGAUCUCAUGAGCUUAUCUUACUUUUUGAUGGAGAACGUCAAAGGUCCAGUGGUAUUUGCAAGCUCAUACUUAAUUAACCAAGUAUUACAAUCUGUGACUAAAAUCAGAUUGAAGGAGAAUCGUUUGAUUUCACCACUGUAUGUUCAGAAACACGGAGUUAGCGAGAAGUGUUGGGGAGGAUUUCAAUUUGAUAAUUCUCGUUUUGCGAAGGAAAAUAUUACUUUCGAAUGGUUUACACCUGGUGAGAAGGAAGUGCAAUUUGCUGUCGAUUCAUUCAAUGACCAUGUGAUUAGAUGUUUGAAGAAUAUCCUGCAAUUGAUGAAAGAUUUUAAGGCUGAUAACCUUAAUGGUGGAUCUAUCCAACUUACUGAUGAUAUAAGAACCAAUCUCUUGUAUAUUGGAUACUCUUUGAGUGGUAUUUCAUACUUAUUGGAUCCUUCAUUUGACGAGGACAUUCCCCAAUUAAAUCAUGAAAACGAAUCCAUAGAGAAAAGGUUGCUAUUAUUGAAGCAAAUAAGAAAUGCCAAAUCAGUUAAAGAAGAUGACGAGGGGUUGGAUAUUUCUGAUAAUUUGGAGAAGAUAAUGGAGAACUUGAGUACUGAUUGUAUGGAGAUUGACCAGUAUGAUGGCUCAAAAGAAGUGAGCAACGAAGCCGAUGUCAAUGAGUUGAUAUCGUCCAAUGAUUUAAAAUCAGAUUCAACUGAUGGCUUAAAAUUAUCAUCUAGAUCAACUUCUCCAAUGGAUAUUGAGGUCCCAGAGUCCUCUUCGACACCUCAAGUGGACGAUGUUGAUAUAUCUUCCAUCAAUCCGUCUUCUACUUUCCGCGAAAGAAAGCUUUAUACAUCCUACUACUACUUUGGUGAUGAUAUUGAAACUAGAAAGUCAAAUGAAUUGUACUUAAAAUUGCACAAGACUCAUCAUUUUGUGGGAAAGAGUUUACAUGUAAUUUGCAAAUUUUUGACUACUCACUUUCAUGACAAUACCAAACUUUUCAAGCAUCUUCUUUAUGUCAUCAAUAUUUGGUUUUCAGACGUUGGAAGGGAAAGAAUUCUUGAUUCAAGUCAUUCAAAAAUUCAUUAUGGCUACAUAAGUUGCAUCCAAAGCAUAAACAAUAUCCGCAAACCUUAUACUAGAAUUGCAAUUGGUUCACGUAUUGAAGCAUAUCACUCAUUGAGGGUAUCUUUACAUUCUACUUCUCGUACUCAAACUCAACUUGAUAAGUGGUUACUCGAGGAUAUUGUGAAGUUGUCAUUAUCAACGUAUACUACAAUAUCAUCUCCGGCACAGUCGUUACUCGUUGAUGUCAUGAAACGAGUCGGUGGUGCAUAUAAUGUUAUCAUAAGAACUACUUUUAAGCUUCUCUCCAAGGUAUUAGAAGACGUGAAGACGGGUAAGAGUAAUUCCUCAAAUAAGAAGGGUUCUGACAAAGAGCACCUGCAGGCGAGUGGAAAUGAAAAGAUUAUCGAGAGUGGUCUAAAUGUAUUUACCUUAAAGAGAGUGAAGUCAAAGCUCCAUAAUGAUUAUUUCAAUCUUCAGAAAUAUAUUGAGAUUCUCCUUAAAUGUCAAGAGAUUGACUCUUUUGAGGUUCAAACAUUAAGCCAAAAACUUUUGGAAGGUGUCUACACAUACAUUACAGUUCCGUCGAAUAUUUGUAUCAUCGAUAUUGCGUCAAUUGAUACUAUUAGACCUCCAGAUGAGUUCAUAGACCUCGAAGUCAAGAUUAUCAGAUUAGCUAAAGAGAAGAAACGGAAGAUAUACUUUGAGAAAGUCAAGAAGAUAGAAGAAUUCGUAAUUGCAGCAGAAAAGAUCCCCUCUCAUUGGAAAACUACCUCGAUGAAUUUGAAUAUGUUGAUCAGUCUUCAAUCAGAGCUUGAAAUUGGUUUGGAAUCCGAAGUUCUUAAAAUCUUGCUUGAAAAAUCAUCAUCUGAUCAUCCUCUUAUUUCAAGAUUGUCAUUGAAGGGCUUGACUAGAAUUAUCAACAAGCUCUAUCUUCUUCAAGGUGUUGAUUACGAUUUGAAAAAGGCAUACGAUCUUGAAUUCGUUGGAAAGGAUUACACAGUUGUUGACACCACUCCUAAAGAUGGCAAAUCCUAUUACGAGACAUGGGACAAAGAGCUUAAGAAUACAGAAAACCCCAGCUUUUAUGUGGAUUUCAGGGCUAGUGUAGGAUGGAUGUUUUGGGAUAAAACGAUGGUUGUCAACUCAAGUGAACCAUGCUUUAAUCUUGCAUUGAUUCCCUCCGAUGCUGAGAUUUUAAAGCAGGUGUGUGGGAUUAUAAGCAAAACAUGGCUUCUUGAUAUCGUUAAGCUUUGGAUUACUGAUAAUGAGGCCAAUUCAGCUUUUCAAGGUACGGACGUAUUUUUCACCUCAACUUUGCUUCUUUUAAUGUCCAAUGGAUAUGUUACAAAUUUGAAAUUUCAAGACUUGUUGGAAAUCAUUGAGGAAGUCUAUGUGGAAGAUGACAAGAGUGUUCAUAUAGUGAUUUGUGAAUUGAUUUCCGGUAUCUUGUUAGGUUCCAAAUGGCUUGAUCCUCUGUGCGUUGAAGCCAGAGAUAACUUCAUAACCCAAUUCCUUUCUAAGAUUCUUGCAAAUGACUUGUCUCCUGACAAUAGAGGUGUCUGGAAUAUCUUCUCCUGGUGGUUACCUUCUCAUAUUGAUAUCAGAAGAUUUCCAAAAAUUAUUGGGGUUAUUACCAACUUCACUAUCGAUAAGGACUCCGAUUCAGUGGUUAGACAAGCUACCCGUAUUAGUUAUAUGAGAUCAUUACUCACAUCAAUUACUUGGAAUUAUUCUGACCCUGAUGCUGUUUUACAAUUUUGUUUGGACAAUAUCAAUCACAGAUACGAGGCCAUACGUACUCAGAUCGGGUCUUUGAUGGCAGUUUUGUCUUUCCCAUACUAUGGGGAAUCGAAAGCCAACAGCACUGAGUUUGUUUUGGAUUGUAAUGAGAAAAAGAACUUGGUGCUUUAUUCAGAAUCAGAGGCCAACAAGCUUCUCUCAUUGAUCCCAGAGUUAUUUACGAGAAUUGAAGCUUGGAGGAAGGACGUUGUUGGAUUAUCUCCCCAAGAAAUCUUAAAAUCAGACUAUAUCUACACUGCAACCACAAUUUUAACUUGGUUGAGACAGGAGCUUAAUACUAGUGUGGGCAUAUUGUUCCAAAGAUACGUUGACAAUUAUAUCAUUCCAUUUUUGCUCAAGUUGAUCAAUAUGAAAGAAGUAUGCCAACUUGGAAACAUUGAUCCUAUCACCGUAUUCAAGAAGGUAUCACAGAUUCAAUAUGAUGGUCAAUACUUGGAAAGAGUGGUGAUCAUGUUGGAGAAAUACUCUAGCGAGGAGCUUAAUGUGGUUCAAUCCAUUAUUAUGGGCGAGUUUACCGAGACAUUUUACUUCAAAAAUUUGUUCAAGCUUACUACUCAACAAAGAAGACGAAUCAUCAACUUGACCAACCAUAUGGUGUACCAUAAAAAUGUUGAGAUCAGGGAAUCUGAAGCAUCUACAUUAAGUGGAUUAAUUCAUAUUUCACCACCAAUGGAAGUUGAAGAGUUUGUGAAGGAAAGUAUAAGCUCAUACACGAAGGACCUUGACAGUAUUAGGAAAAAGUACAAGAAAAUUGGAUACAAAUCAAUAGAAAGUGACGAUAUCAGAAUACUUCACGGUGCAACCUUGGGACUAGGUGCCUUGGUCCAUGCUUUCUCAUUCUCGUCUCCUCCGCCAAAAUGGGUUCCUGAAAUUUUGGCAACGCUAGCCAACAAAUCCUCGGGUUUGCCUGGAAUAAUUGGUAAGACUGCAAAGAAUACUUUAGGUAAAUUCAAGAAGGAUAGGCAAGAUACUUGGCAUAUUGACAGUAAAGUGUUUAAUGAGUACCAGAUGCAAGAUUUGGAAGGUGUUCUUUGGAAGAGUUAUUUCAUUUGA